AUGGAUAAAAGUUGGAUACAUAUUAAGAAUAGGACAUUACCAGAGUACUUGAAUGGUAUGGAACAUUUUUUAGACUAUGCCUUUUGCAAUCCUGAGGUUGGUGUAAAAAUUCAAUGUCCAUGUACUAAGUGUAAUAAUGUUCUUUGGAAAACAAGAGAACAAGUAAAGAAUGAUUUUCUUAAGUGGGGAAUAAAUCCAACUUAUGAUAGGUGGAUUUUUCAUGGUGAGUCGGAGGCAUCUUCAGAUGAUGAAAUGAAUUCUGAUGCAGAUAUAAAUUUUGACAACGAUGAUACUUCCACUUUUGAAAUGUUAAAUGACAUGUAUUGUGGUAUCCCCACUAAUAAUCAUGAGUUUGAUGAGACCACUGAGCCUAGAUAUGAAGAGCCUAACAUAGAAGCAAAGAGAUUUUAUAACUUAUUAAAGGAUGCAAAGAAAAAGUUAUAUCCAGAUUGUAAAAAGUUCUCCAAACUCUCCUUUGUAGUGCGCCUGUUUCAAAUGAAGUGUCUACAUGGUUGGAGUAAUACUUCAUUUGACUCUUUGUUGAAAUUAUUGAGUGAUGCUUUUCCAAAGGAAAAUGUGCUCCCUAAUUCUAUCUAUGAAGUUAAAAAGAUCAUAAAAAAUUUGGGUCUAAAAUAUGUGAAGAUAGAUGCAUGUAUUAAUAAUUGCAUCUUAUAUAGAAAGGAAUAUGUUGAUCUUGAGCAAUGUCCUAAAUGCAGUGAGAAACGAUGGAUUGUAAGAAAAGAAAAAGAUAGUGAUGAUGAGCCUACUUCCAGAAAUUUGAAUAAGAAAACUAAAGGAAUUCCUAGAAAGAUUCUUAGAUACUUUCCUUUGAUACCAAGAUUACAAAGAUUGUUUAUGACAAAACAAGAUGCAGAAGAUAUGAGGUGGCAUAAAAAUAAGCGAGUUGAUGAUGGAGUACUAAGGCAUCCAGCUGACUCAUUAGCUUGGAAAACUUUUGAUGAAGAACAUACGACAUUUGCUUUAGAUCCACGUAAUGUAAGACUUGGGCUUGCUUCAGAUGGUUUUAAUCCAUUUGGUUCUAUGAGUAAUUCUUAUAGCAUUUGGCCAGUAGUCUUGAUUCCAUAUAAUCUUCCUCCAUGGCUAUGCAUGAAGCAAUCUAAUAUUUUGUUGUCCUUGCUUAUUCCCGGCCCAAAAGGCCCUGGUAUGAAUAUUGAUGUGUAUCUCCAACCUCUGAUUGAUGAUUUGAAAAUCUUAUGGGAGAGUGGAAUCGACACUUAUGAUGCUUUUAAGAAACAAAAUUUUAAAUUGCAUGCUUCUUUGUUGUGGACAAUUAAUGACUUUCCAGCUUAUGGUAUGUUGUCCGGUUGGAGCACUAAAGGUAAAUUAGCUUGUCCGCUUUGCUAUAUGGGUCAUCAUAGGUUUUUGGAGAAAGAUCAUUCUUAUCGUCGAAAUAAAAGUGAUUUUGAUAACACAAGAGAAGAAAGAAUUGCACCAGAAGCUUUGAGUGGAGAUGAUGUGCUUGCACAACUAAAUACAUUCUCACAAGGCUCAAUUGAUCCCAACACAAAAAAAAAAAGAAAACGAGAUGCUGGAAGAUCUGACAAUUGGAAGAAGAAAAGUAUAUUCUUUGAGCUUCCAUAUUGGAAGAGUGUGUUAUUGAGACAUAAUUUGGACGUAAUGCACAUUGAAAAAAAUAUUAGUGAAAGUGUGCUUGGAACAUUGUUAGAUAUUGAAGGGAAAACAAAGGACACACUAAAAUCACGGCUGGACAUACAAGAGAUGAGAAUCAAAAAGUCCCUCCAUCCAAUAAAAAGUGGGGAUAAGUAUAUACUUCCUCCUGCAAGUUAUACAAUGUCUAAAAUGGAAAAGAUUCAGUUUUGUAACCUCAUCAAAGAAAUCAAGUUUCCUGAUGCUUAUGCGUCUAACAUUAGUCGUUGUGUUAGGGAAGCUGGACUUUUGGGACUUAAAAGUCAUGAUCAUCAUGUUCUUUUUCAGCGUAUCAUUCCACUUAUCAUCAAAGAAAUUUUGCCAAAGGAUGCUUAUGAUCUGUUAAUUGAAUUGUCAUUAUUCUUUACUGAUUUGUGUGCUAAGGAGUUACAUGUAGAGAAGUUAGAUCAACUAGACAAAAGUAUACGAAUAACAAUUUCUAAGUUAGAGCGUCUAUUCUUGCCAACCUUCUUUGAUGUUAUGAUUCACUUGGCAAUUCAUUUGGCAAAUGAGGCAAAGUUAGCUGGUCCCGUUCAAUAUCGAUGGAUGUAUUACAUCGAGAGGUUAGAUUCUUAUUCUUGUGAAGUGGUACAAUUAAAAGAGAAUGGUGAUGAUCGAAUUACCGAUGAAUUAUUUGCUUUGGCAAGACUCCCAGAUUCUCGUGUUUAUAGUCAUAAUGGUUAUACCUUGAAUGGUUUUAGAUUUCGUACAAAGGAAUCUGAAUUAUUUUUAAAAACACAAAACAGUAGUGUGGUAGUAAAGAGUGAUGAACAUACAGAAAAUGUUGAUUAUUAUGGAAGAAUUAGAAAGAUUUUAGAGAUAUCAUACAUAGGUGGUAAUUCAGUCAUAUUAUUUCAAUGUGACUGGUUUGAAGUUCCACCUCAAGGUCGAAGUCAAAGUAGAGGUUACAAAAGAGAUGAAUAUGGAUUUGUAUUUGUAGAUGUGACACAGAUUCAUUACACAAAUGAUCCAUUUAUUUUACGCUCACAAGCUCAAUCUGUGUAUUAUCUUAAACAUAGUCAAAAUGAAAAAUGGCAUGCAGUGGUAAGGAUAAGACCACGAAAUUUGUAUGAUGUACCUGAGCAAGAAAGUGAACCAGAGCCAUAUCAACUAAUUGACUUGGUUGAAAGGGGAGAAACAAGUCUUCAAGUAGAAUCGGAUAAUGAUAAUGUUACAAUACAAAGAGAAGACAUUGAUGGAGUGAGUGUUGAAGCACCUUCUCUCAAUAACGAGGAAGAAAUAGACCUAGAAGUUAUUGAUGAAUCUGAUGGUGAAAAUGGAGAUAACUUCAAUAAUUUUUCAUCAGAUGGAGAAUAUCCUUCUGAAGAUGAACAUGAAGCUGACGAAGAUGAUGAUUGGUUGUGA